AUGAAAUUAGAGAAUUUUUUUUCUUCUGAUCUCUACGCUCUAGCAGAGGAGAUCAAGAGAGAAACAUUUGAGUUAGAUAAGUUUAAUAUAAAUCCUUUCUCAUUUGUCUCUCCCUCGGCUUACGACACAGCGUGGCUAGCCAUGAUAGAAGAUCUCAAUACCCCAAAACCGAUGUUUCGAGGUUGUUUAGACUGGAUUCUGAGCAAUCAGAACGUUGUAGAAGGACAGUGGGGGACUCACGUAGAUGGAAACGGAGACGAAGAAACUCUCACAUCGACACUUGCUUGUGUUUUAGCACUUCGCAAAUGGAACAUUGGAAGUCUUCUUGUCCACAAAGGGAAGAGAUACAUCGAAAAAAAUACAGAGAGAAUUAUUGGGAGAUAUAAUAAGAAGGGCUCUUGUCCUCGUUGGCUUGUCCUCAUGUUCACUGGACUCCUCGAGCUUGCUCAACAACGUGGCCUACAUCUUUUCUUCUCUGCUCGAGCUAAGCAAAUCAUCAACAACUUGUUCUUCCAACGCCAAGAUAUUCUGGACCGAGAAAAGCUAUUCGACGUUGGUUUCAACCGGCAGCCUCUACUUGCAUAUCUAGAAGUAUUGCCGUCAAAAUUGUACGCUGAAAUUCAAAAAGACAUAGUUGAGAAACUCAACCAGCAGGAUGGUUCUUUGUUUCAAUCACCUUCAGCAACUGCAGCAGCAUUUAUGCUCACACACAAUAAAAAGAGUCUGGCUUAUCUUCAAUCUCUUGUAAAAAGAUGCCCUCAUGGAGUGCCUCAAAUAUACCCAUUGAAUGAAGAACUCAUCAAGCUAUCUAUGGUCAAUAUAAUGGAUAACUACGGUUUAGGAGAGUACUUCGGUGAAGAGAUUGAUCAUUUUCUUCAUGAAACUUACAAAGCAACUGAUCUCAUGUUUCCGGGAGAGUGUGAGCUCGAAGAAGCAAGAGAAUUCUCCCGGAAACUACUCGAGAAAAAUGGAUUUAUCAAUGAGAAAAUGGUGCCUAGUUUUCACAUUAAACAUGAAAUGAGUACCCCAUGGAUGGCUCGACUCAAACACCUUGAUCAUAGAAUGUGGAUUGAAGACAAAGACUCAAAUGCUUUCUCAAUUGGAAAAGCCUCUUUGAUUCGUAUAUAUAGCCACAAGCUUACUCAUCUUGCUUCAAGAAACUUCGAACUUCGACAAGCAGUAUAUAGACGUGAAAUGGAGGACUUGGUGAAGUGGGUGAAGAAAUGGGGACUUAACGAUAUCGGAUUUGGUAGAGAGAAGACAACAUAUUGUUACUUUGCAUCUUCUUCAAGCACUUCAUUACCUUUUGAAUCCGCAACUAAUGUUCGUACGCUUAUGGCAAAAAGUGGCAUCCUUAUCACAGUUGCUGAUGAUUUCUUCGACGAAGAAGGUUCUGUUGAUGAACUAGAAGCUCUUACUAAAGCUGUUCUGAGAUGGGAAGGAGAAGAGCUUAAAGGUUACGGCAAAAUCAUAUUUAGAGCACUUGAUGAUAUUGUAAAAGAGACUGCUGAGACUUGCCGUAAGCAACACGGUUCCGACGUAACAGACCAUCUUCGCAACAUAUGGAGAGAAACAUUUGAGUCUUGGCUAUGUGAAGCCGAAUGGAGUAAGAAGGGACACGUACCCUCAAUGGAAGAAUAUCUACGAAACGGAAUGAUCUCAAUCGCAGCACACACCAUUGUUCUUCCCAUUUCGUGUCUCAUUGAAUCUUCUUUUCCUCAACACAAACUCAAACCUGGAAAUUACGAUAACUUGACAACAUUGCUCAUGACUAUUACCCGACUCCUUAACGAUCUACAGAGUUACCAGAAGGAACAAGAACAAGGCAAGAUCAACUCCGUGCUGGUCCACAUGAGGAGCCAUUGUAGUCUUGAGAUAGAGGACUCUAUUUCUUAUAUUCAGAAGAUCAUUGAUUCAAAGAGGAGAGAAUUUGUGGAGCAUGCCCUAAUGGAUGAAUUCAGUGAUUUGCCUAAACCAUGCAAAGAUAUUCAUAUGUCUUUUUGCAAAGUUUAUGAGAUGUUCUUCAACAAGAAGAAUCGUUAUGAUUCGGAUACGGAGAUGCUUCAAGACAUUAAGAAGGCCCUUUAUGAACCCAUCAACAUUCGUAAAUAA